AGUGCCAGGAAAGGGGGUGAAGUGGGGCGAGCCCUCCCGCAGAGCACGCUGGGAAACAGCCCCGAGCCUUCUGUUGCUCUGGAUGAGUGGGUGUGGCUGGGUCUGCGGAGCGACCGGCGGGAAAAGGGAGAUUUGGUGGAAGCCGCUGCGCGACGCACGGCGGGAAGAGAGGCGGGAGGCCGCGCGGGGCAUCCCGGGAGCAAGGGCCGGGCCGGGCCUCGGCGCGGGGCAUUGUGGGAUGUGGACGCCGCUCCGGGGCGGGCGCCCCAGGAUGGAGCCCCUACCCGGCACGGCAACGGGGCAGGAGGAGCAGGAGCUGCGGGAGAGGGCCUUCUUCUCGUGGGCCGAGUUCAGCCGCUUCUUCGACGCGUGGUGCCAGCAGCGGCUGGCGCUCUUCUUCGUCAAGAGCUCCAUGCACCUGGCGCGCUGCCGCUGGGCCAGCGCGCCCCCGCUCUACACUCUCAUCGAUGUGCUCAAGUACAGCUACGUGCGGCUGGUGUGCAAGGACGUGCGCGCGCCCAGCCGGCCCGCCGUGGGGUCCCCCCAGCCCGGCUGCCCGGCUUUCAUCAUCGUCAAGCUGAGCCCGCUGCGGGACCGCCUCGUGGUGACAGAGUGCCAGCUGACCCACUCACACCCGGCCUGCCCGCUCGAGUUCGCCUACUACUUCCGCCCGGGCCACCUGCUGGCCAACGCCUGCCUUCCGGUGCGCACCACCAACAAGAUCUCCAAGCAGUUCGUGGCCCCGGCCGACGUGCGCCGCCUGCUCUCCUACUGCAAGGGCCGCGACCACGGCGUCCUGGAUGCCCUGCACGUGCUCGAGGGGCUCUUCCGCACCGACCCCGAGGCCAAGGUGAAGCUGGUGUUCGUGGAGGACCAGGCGGUGGUGGAGACCGUGUUCUUCCUGACAUCGCGCACCCGGGCGAUGCUGCGGCGCUUCCCGCGCAUGCUCCUGGUGGACCGGCUGCCGGGACUGCAGGGCGCGCUGGAUCUGCUGGCGGUGCUGUGCGUGGACGGCGCGGGCCGCGCGCGUCAGGCCGCCUGCUGCGUGGCGCGGCCCGGCACUCCGAGCCUGCUGCGUUUCGCGCUGGCUUCGCUGCUGCAGAGCGCGCCCGACGUCAAGGGCCGUGUGCGCUGCCUCACGGCCGGGCCGGAAGUGGCGGCACAGCUGCCCGCCGUGCGCCAGCUGCUGCCGGGCGCGCGCGUGCAGAUCUGCCGGGCGCAGGGCCUGGAGACGCUCUUCAGCAAGGCGCAGGAGCUGGGCGGCGCCGGCCGCGAGGACCCGGGCCUGUGGCCGCGCCUGUGUCGCCUGGCGGGCGCGUUGUCGCCCGCCGCCUACGCCGAGGCGCUGGCCGAGCUGCGCGCCCACGGCCCGGACGCCUUCGUCGAUUACUUCGAGCGCAACUGGGCGCCGCGCCGCGACAUGUGGGUGCGUUUCCGCGCCUUCGAGGCGGCCCGCGACCUGGACGCGUGCGCCCUGGUGCGCGGCCACCGCCGGCGCCUGCUGCGCCGCCUGAGCCCCUCGCGCAGCGUGGCGCAGUGCCUGCGCGACCUGGUGGCCAUGCAGUGGGCCGACGCGGCUGGGGAGGCGGCGCCGGAUGUCUCCGACGAUGGGGGCCCUUGGCUGGAGGGUGAGCUGGGGAGGGGAGCCCAAGUGGAGAACGAGAGGAUGAAGGGCCUGGAAACCGGAAACUGGGGCGGGGCGCGGAAGGAAGGAAGUUUUCGGAGAGAAGGCCAGUUAGAGAAGGAGUGGGCCAGAGGCCCGGAGACCAGAGACCGGGAGGGGGCUCAGGUAGAAAGUGAGAAGGGGAGAGGGUUGCAAAUCCGAGACUGGAGAGGGGUCCACUUGGAGAACCAGAAGGUGAGAGGGCCCGCGAUCAGAGACUGGAGGGGGGGCCCGUUGGAGGGUGAGAAAGACUGGGGACUGGAAGGUUAUAUCUGGAGGCUGGCCCAGCUGGAGGAUGGAAGGAUUAGGCUGCUGGAGACCCCAGACGGGAGGGGGACCCUGUUUGAUUAUGAGAGAGCCAGCAGUCUUGACGGGAGCUCCUGGAGGGGGGCCCAGUUGCACGAUGAGAGGGUAAGUGGACUGAAAACCAGAGACUGGAAAGGGCCGCAUUUGGAAGCAGAGAAGGAAAGGGGGCUGGAGGUCAGAAACUGGAGGAGGGUCCAUGUGGAGAAGCCCCUGGAAUUGGUCCCCGAGAACAGAGACCUAAGGGGGCCCCAAUGGGGAGAUGGGAGACAGAGAGGGCCAGAGACUAGAGAAGAGCGCGCAGUGAGGUUGGGUGUCAAAAGGAGAAGGGGCCUGGAGGAUGUAGUUGUGGUCCAGCUGGGGGACACAAGGGUGACAGGCCUGGAGAAUGGAGACGGAGGGGGAGCCCAGGCUGGGGGCCGCAAGAGCAGAGGAGGGCAGGGCAUGGAGUGUGGGGACACAGCAGGGGGCCGUCUAGGGCUGGGGCAUGGAGUCACAUGCAGCACUCCCGUGGGGACUGUGUUGGAGGGUGACCCAGAGUGGGCAGUGACAAGGAGGACAUACCUGGCGGCCGGAGAGAGCGCACAGGAAGGAAGUGGAGGAGAAGGCGCAAGGGAGUCAAAGAGGCCCUGCUGCCCCUCGGAGGAGGAGGAAGUGGACUGGGAGCCCCUGGCCAAGUUCCGAGCGGCCUGCGGGCCAGAGCUGGCAGAGCUGGUGGCCGAAGAGCUGGCCUUCGCCCGGCAGCACGGGACCCGCGGUUUCCAUUGGACAGGAGCUGGCUUUGCCCUGAAGGAUGGCACCUCGGACUUCUUCCUGGACGGAGCCCUGACGCGCUGCAGCUGCUCCAUCCAUGCCGCCCGGCGUCUGCCCUGCCGCCACCUCUUCGCCGCACGCCUGCUCACGGGGGCAGCCUUAUUCCACAUGGAGCUGCUCAGGGAUUGCUGGGGGAGAGCCCCCGAGCCCUGA